AUGUGGCUGCUGAUACAGAUUCUGCUUCUGCUCGUGGUGAAUAAAGUAGACAGUAUGAAGUGCACGGGAAACAUUUCUCCUCAGAUUCCACAUCAGUGGUAUCAGCCAGGUGAACUCCUAAUUGGUGGAAUUGUAACUUACUUUGGUUAUACUUCCCAAGAAGUUCUAUUUCAGCAGCACCCCUACCAGGAUGAUACAUGUUUUCCAGUCCUUGUAACAAAGUUCUACCAGCACAUCCUCGCCUUGGUGUUUGCCAUUCAUGAGAUCAACAAGAACCCCAACAUCUUGCCCAACAUCACUCUUGGGUUCCACAUCCAUGACUCCACCAUAGAUCCGAAAUGGACGUACAGGACUACCCUCGACCUACUCUUCACAUCACUUGAACUCAUCCCAAACUACAAGUGUGGCACCAAGAAAAAAGUGAUAGGUGUCAUUGGGGGAUAUGGAUCUGAUACCUCAUCAGAUAUUGCACUUCUCUUAAACCGUUACAAGAUCCCACAGUUUUCAUUUGGCUCAUUUGAAUCAGCAGUGGAAAACCCAACCAGUCUCCCUCUGUUUUACCGCAUGGUCCCCCAGGAAACCCUUCAGUAUGAGGGAAUUGUCCAGUUACUUCUGCAUUUCGGCUGGAAAUGGGUUGGGCACAUUGCGAUGGAUGAUGAAGCUGGAGACCGGUUUUUGCAAGCAUUUGAGGUGAUGCUUUCCAGGAAUGGAAUCUGUGUGGCCUUCAUAGAAAAGGCUACAAGACAGUUCCUGUGGGAUAACAUACAUUUUAUGUUUAAAUAUCUUGACAGUCAUAAUACUGAUUUCCUGGACAGCACAGCCAAUGCAAUUGUAGUACAUGGAGAAAGUGGAACACUUCUCUGGCUGGUAUCCAUUAUCUUUAUUCCCACAAUUGCAAUGAAUGUAACAGGUUCUGAUUAUGUCGUGAGAGCCUCUACAGGAAAGCUCCACACACUUAUUCAGAGAAUUGCUUUCAACAACAGUGCCAGAGAUGAAGUGACCUUUAACGAACAUGGACAGUUGAAAGGGGGAUUUGAUAUUACCAAUUUGGUCACUUUUCCAAAUAAGUCCUAUAUCAGAGUCAAGAUCGGGAAGCUGGAUCCUCAGGUUCUGCUUAGUAAAAGAGUCAUCAUCAAAGAAGACAUAAUUGAGUGGAACAGAUACCUUGAACAUGUGCCUCCUCUGUCUGUGUGUAAUGACUACUGCAAGCCAGGUUACAGCAGGAAAAAGAAGGAAGGGGAGAAAUUCUGCUGCUAUGAUUGUGAUCCGUGUCCAGAGGGGAAGAUUUCAGACAAAGAGGACAUGGAUUCUUGCAUGACUUGCUCUGAAGGUCAUUAUCCAAACCUGGGACAAGAUCAAUGCAUUCCCAAGAUUCCAAACUUCCUUUCCUUUGCAGAACCCUUGAGCAUGAUUUUAGCCUUUUUUGCUCUCUUUUUUUCCCUGAUCACAACCCUGGUGCUCACAAUCUUUGUCAAGUACAAGGACACCCCCAUUGUUAAAGCCAACAACCGGAGCCUCACCUACUGUCUACUCAUCUCACUCCUCCUAUGCUUCCUCUGCUCCUUGCUCUUCAUCGGAAAGCCUAGCGAGGUGACCUGCCUCCUCCGACAAACGACUUUUGGCAUCAUCUUCUCCAUAGCUGUUUCUUCUGUCUUGGCAAAAACUGUUACAGUCGUUGUAGUGUUCAUGGCCUCUAAGCCAGGAAACGUUUUUCGAAAGUGGGUGGGGAAACAAUUGGCAUAUUGCAUUGUUAUCUCUUGCUUCUUUGUUCAAGUUGGCAUAUGUGCUGUUUGGCUGGGCACUUCUCCUCCAUUCCCAGAUAUGGACAUGCAUUCAUUCAGUAGGGAAAUCAUAGUGCAAUGCAAUGAAGGGUCAGCCACCAUGUUUUAUUGUGUCUUGGGCUACAUGGGCUUACUGGCCUCAGUCUGCUUCAUGGUGGCUUUCCUCGCCAGAAAGCUGCCCGACAGUUUCAACGAAGCCAAGUUCAUCACCUUCAGCAUGUUGGUCUUCUGCAGUGUUUGGCUGUCCUUUGUUCCCACCUACCUGAGCACUCAAGGAAAAGGCAUGGUGGCAGUGGAGAUCUUCUCUAUCUUGGCCUCCAGUGCUGGGUUGCUGGGCUGCAUCUUUUUUCCGAAGUGCUAUGUCAUUAUCCUGAGGCCUGAGCUGAACAGAAGAGAGCAGCUGAUAAGGAAAAAGCAUUGA